GAUGUCUCGAUGAUAAGUCGCGGGGUAGUAGCCUCGGAAGAGUUCUUUCUGAUUCAUCCGGGACCCGCGCGGCUUUGAGCGUCCUUGUCAGCGUCCGGACACCGAGGUGAGGACAAGUCCUGUUGACGGCAGAGAGCAGCCUCUCGACGAUGUCGGAGCUCGUCGGGUACUCGGUCAGAAUCGGGACGCCGCUGAAACCACGGUCGGAUCUUCUUUCAAUGGGUAGUCGCGAGAGAUGCUGAAGAAACCGCUCGUUUUGCGUUACGUUGUCGACGACAUUAAUGAGGAGAAAGAGAGAGAGAGAGAAAGUGAGAGGGGGACGGCUAGAAAUUUUCCCGACAAAAACGUUAUCUUAUAAAACUCGAAUUAAGAUAGUGAUAAUUAAUGGAUCGAUUGCCAUCAGUGCGCGCGAUUAAAAUAUAAUUAUUCAGCAAUGAUAAUUUUCAGAGUGCGCGUUUUCUCAAGGAAAUAUCACGUGUGUAUCUUUGAAUGAAAAUUUAUUGAGGAAUUGAUGAUGACGACGAUAGAAAUAAUUCGCUAGUGCGCAAAGUGUUGUUUUUCUGCAUUAAAUCUUUAAUUAAGUUCGAAAUGUCGACGAAUUGUGAUUGCAGUGCAAAACAAAUCGAAAAUUUAAUCACAUGGAUUACGAAUCGACGCGUGGAUUAUGCGUCUCCCUUGUCGCGAUAAUUGGUAUAGUAAUAACCGAUACCGAUAUUGUCGACGAGAAUGCAACCGCAACACGAGCAACGACGCGAAAUCGCCGCUGAUUGCUGUUACCAGCAAUGGCAGACGCAUCAUCAUCAUCAUCAUCACCAUCAUCAGCAUCCGCAUCUGCCUGCUAUUCCGUCGCCAAUGCAACAAAUGGAAGCCUGUUUGCAGAGCGCCGGAAGAGUGAAGCGAUCGCGCAGUCCAAAUCCGAUGAAAGUCACUUUGCCGGUCCAUGUGGCGAAUCCGAUCUCUCCGUCAGCCACAGAAUCCCGCAAUGACAGCAAUAAUAAUAAUCGUCACCACGGUGAUCAUCCGAGUGACGACGGUACGUCCUCCGCCGAGGAAUUAGGUGCGAAACGGCCGCUUCAUCCGGCGCUACUUGGCGCCGGUGCAGCCUUGGAGGCGAAACCGCUAUGGGAGGAAUUUCACCAGCUGGGUACCGAGAUGAUCGUCACGAAAGCGGGACGAAGAAUGUUCCCCACAUUUCAGUGUCGAUUGUUCGGCUUGGAUCCCAACACGGAGUAUUUGAUGGUGAUGGAUUUCGUUCCGUGCGACGAUAAGAGAUACCGAUAUGCGUUCCACAGCAGCGCCUGGGUUGUCGCGGGUCGUGCUGAUCCUGUAUCACCCCCCAGGAUUCACGUGCAUCCCGACAGUCCUGCGAGUGGCGCUCACUGGAUGAAACAGCCAAUUUCCUUCGACAAAUUAAAACUGACGAACAAUCAACUGGACGAUAACGGACAUAUUAUCUUGAACUCGAUGCAUCGUUACCAGCCACGCUGUCACGUGGUGGUCGCACCUUCGCCGCCCGGUUCAGCCCCGGAUCCUCGCACGGAGAACUUCAAGACAUUCUCCUUUCCGGAGACCAGGUUCACGGCGGUGACCGCAUACCAGAAUCACCGUAUAACCCAGCUGAAGAUCGCCAGCAACCCGUUCGCCAAGGGCUUCCGGGAUUGCGAGUCCGACGAGUGCGAGUCCGCUAGCGUUGCCGUAGCCGGUGGGAUGCAGAGUCCGGCCAAGAGACCGGCCACAGCGGCCGGAAAUGUCGCCGGUCCUGCCGUCCUGUCGUCCAGUUACAACGCUAUGCCAGCACCGAUGCAGAUCCCAGUGGGUAUCACCACCGGGACCUCCCAGGAGCAUCAUCAGUUUUACGGUGCGACCAGCGCCUCGGGUCCCUGGACGCAUUAUUCGCAUCAUGGACAACCGUCGGCGCACGUCAAUGCGGUACAUUAUCCGCAUAUGCAACCGCAUUCACACCAUUCAGGCGCUUCUCUUUAUGGACCGCGAUAAUUGAUCAUCAUAUCACCAUUUUAUUAUUUCUCAUCGAUUUCUACGAUUUCGACGAUUUGAUGUUCGAAAAAUAGAGAUGAGAUUAAAAUGGGAUUCUCAUAUUCGUUUCUCGAUCGAUGUUUUUCGUGGAGCGUGUGAUAACUGAUUGAUUAAGAACUCGGUGUGUGCUUAAGGAACAGAGGAAACGAAAUAUAUUCUUGUAUCCUGGUGCCUUUUCCUUACAGAUCGCGAUAAUCGAUCAUUGUAUGAUCUCUUAUCGUUGAAGAUUUAAUCUGUUCUUGAGGUAAAAAAUGGAGUUUUAAGUGUAUCUCUCAAGACUUUUUUGCAGAUCACGAAAAUUGGCAAUUGUUAUUGUUAAUACGAUUUUAUCUUCUUAUAUGCAGAAGUUUGCUGGUGCCUUUACAUCUAUAUUUUAGACGGAAAAAUGUGAUCUUUCGUAAAAAAGUUAUAUAUCAGUGCCUUCUUUAUGCUUAAGAAAACAUUGGAAUAUCAAAGUAUUUUACAUUUUACUCUCGUCCUGAUUCUUUUUUCAGGCAUAAGAAUCGUUUUACACGAAGCCAUGUAAAUUAAAAGAUUAUAUUUACGUAUAUACCUAUAUUUUUAUUUAUAACAACGGUUUUCUGUUUGAAUUUAUUUAAAACUGAAAAUAAGAUACAAAAUAAUUAAUAGAGAUGCCUUAUUAAAUGCUAAUACUCAAUGUAGUAAAUGUAAUUUGUACCAAAGAUUAUACCAAUAUUUUACGUAUAAAUUAUGAAUCUAUAUAUAUUCAAAUUACGUGCAAUAAAAGUUUUCUAGUGAUUCAUAUAUUUACAUUAUAAGCAAUAAUAUUAAGUGAAUAAUAUUCAUUACUUCACCGUUGAUAAUAUUCAUAACAUAUUUUUGCAAAGUGCUGACGGAUCUGCAUAAAUAAAAUUACAAUAGAUCCAGACAUUUGUACUCAAACUCUUUCUUUCAUGUGCAAGGUCUGUACAAGCGAACAUUUCUUUUUUUUUUCUAUAUGUUAAAACAUGCGGUUAAUUAAAAAUAUUAACAAAGAAAAUUAUAAAACAUAAUGAGAACAAUGUUAAUUAACAUUUUAUUUGUGAAUUAAUUUUGGCAUCAUUUAUUUUCAUACAAAUUUUUCUAAGUGCUUCGAAUUAAUUCGCGCGUAAGAAACGAAUCGACCGAUUGACGUCGUUCGUAAAGUCGCGGAAGACCAGGGCAAGUAAGUGCCUUUUGUAGGAGCAAAGUGCGUCUAUUUAUACUAGCUAUCUCAAAUGCCAAACGAGCUUAAAACGUUCUCGAGCCAAGACGGGAAAGUAAACGCGCCGUGACACUCCGUGAGAGUAACGUGGCUACUAAGUGCCUUAAUAAAUUAUGCCGCCCGAGUAUCGUGCCAUUGUGCCCCCAACUUUUUUAAAGACUCUCGUUAGUUAUAUAAUAGAAGGUUAUUCCUUUUUUAUGGCCAAACAAGGAAUAAACAC